AAAGCGGGAUUUUGGAGCGACAAAAUGGAGGAGUAAGCACGUGCGCAACUCAACUCCUUUUUAUUUGUAGCGGAAGUUUCUCGACGUAGAAAUAAAUCAAAACACAUCGAAGCAGUUUGGUAGUAAACAUGGCAGCAGAAUAUGGGGAUUUACGUAGGAAAUUGCAAUUAACUCAAGACACGAACUGCAAUAAUACACGUAAUGCAAUGAAAGAGAAACAAAUAGAAAGAAGAAGUUAUUAUGACAGAGAAGCAGACUCCUAUCUUGAUACUCUGAGAAAACUGCAUGAAGGUAUCCAGCAAAGAAGGCUGUUUUCAGACGAAGAAAGCAAGGCAAUUGAGGAUAAAAUUGAUGAAGUUGUGGCUAUAGGAGAAAAAGGCUUAUAUAAAAAGCAUACAGUUGAUAGGGCUCCGCUGAGGAACAAAUACUUCUUCGGCGAAGGAUAUACCUAUGGUUCCCAGUUAUUACGUAAAGGUCCGGGAAUGGAAAAGCUAUAUCCCAGAGGCGAAGUUGAUGAGAUACCCAGCUGGGUUCAUGACCUGGUAAUAAAGCCUUUGGUUAAAGCUAAAGUGGUUUCUGAAGGCUUCAUCAAUAGUGUAGCCAUUAAUGACUACCAACCUGGAGGGUGCAUUGUGUCACAUAUUGAUCCUGCACACAUAUUUGAUCGACCAAUAAUUUCUGUGUCUUUCAUGAGUGACAGUGCUUUAAGUUUUGGCUGUAAAUUUAGCUUCAAGCCUAUCCGUGUCACAGAUCCAGUUUUAUGCUUACCAGUAUGUAGAGGCUGUGUUACAAUUCUAAGUGGGUAUGCUGCUGAUAACAUAACACAUUGCAUACGUCCUCAAGAUGUUAAAAAGCGGCGUGCAGUUAUCAUUUUGAGACGUGUUCUUCCUGAUGCUCCUCGUCUUUCUACGGCUGAACUAUCUCUAAUUUCUCAACCAAAAGUGAUCAAUGUACCGUCACCAUAUGACUUUAUUGAUGAAGUAUUUGAUCGAAAGAAAAAAUGGAAGCAUAAUUUUGAUUACAAUCCUCUAAGGAGUACUAUAAAUGCACAAAAACGCAAACUUCAAAGUUCUGUCUCAUGGGCUAGUAAUACUCUUAAAAAUGGCCAUGAAGAAGUAGAAGAACCAAGGAAAAAAAGUUUGCGAAAGGAUGAAGAAGAAAAGAGAGAUGAAUCAAAUCGUUAACAUUUAAUCUUUUUAUCUAACUUAACAAUUCCCUAAUGUUGGAACUGUAAAGUCACGUGUAUUCCAAUGGACGAUAACAAAAAAAAAAAAAAAAAAAAAUAAGCUAUAUUUUUAUUGCAGUCUCCUGCUCUGUAACUUGUAAAUAUAUAUGUAUAUUGUAGAGUAAGUUGUAGUCAAAAAUGCACUGUACUUGUAAAAUUCUGCCUGAAUGCAGAGUGUGCUUCAAAUUUGUACAUAACAUACCAGUUUCUUUAAUGAUCAAAAUGUGAUGAACUGUUGAAUUUGAUUCUAAUUCAAACAUUGUUAUGCAUGUUAAUACAAAGAGAUAGAGUAAAAAAGAUUUUACUGACACUAUGCAAUCAAAGGACAUUUUGAAGUUUAUAGGUUCCAAUGUGGGAACUUCACCCUCUUUAGAGCUGCUAUGUUCUUGUAAAGGAUUGAGCUCCUUAUAAAAAUAACUAAUUAUCAAGCUUUGAAUAUUUUUAGUAGUUUAAUAUGACUGUGUUAAAUUUAUUGCUGGAAUUUAUUUUUCACGCUUAAUAUGUUUUAUUUAGUGCAAUUUUUUUGUAUAGUUAAAAGUUGGAAAUAUCUUCUAAGGUUUUAUUCAUUUUUCAUUGUUGAAUAAAUUCUUAUUAGAUGUAAAUGUGCGAUUUUUGUAUUGAUCCUUUUUUUAAAAUAAAAAGUUGUAAAUUAUUUUGGAAAAUUAUAUUUUUAAAGCAUGGACAUGAUUAAUCAAAAUCAUGUAUUAAGUUUCAAAAUUAAAUUAAAAAAAUUGUUGGAAAAUUUCCUUUGCUAAAUGCGUGUUGUAUUAUGCUUUGCUUAUAUGUACAAAUGUGAAUGUGUCAUAUAAUUAAAUUCUAGUCUUACCUAAUAUUAAACUAUGGAGUCAUUACAAAAUUUUUUUACUCAACAUUUGUUUUUAGUUAGACUUGAAAUUUUGUUCUUAUUCAAGUCUAAUGCAAUGUAUAGAAUAAGCAAUCACGGUAGGUAAGCAGUUUUUUUUUUUUUUUUUUUUUUUUUUUUUUUUUUUUCAAAAUUGAUUGGCUUUAAUGAAACUGAAAUUUAUUCGCGAGAUUUUGAUUUAAUAUACAUUUAAAAAAAUUGAAAGAUUGAUUUUCUUGCUAGAUUUUCAAUAAUUAGUCAUGUGAUUUUGUUUUAAUGAAGUAUUUUAGAAAAUAAUCUAUUGAUACCAUCUGAAGAAGCAACUUUGCAGUGCUUCGAUUCGUUUAAUAAAAUAUUUCUAAAACAUUAUUUGGUAUCUGUACUAUAACACUACUUUUAUGUGUCUUCCUUAUCUAAUUUCUGUUUUUCUAAAACAUAAGCAAACUGCAAAGUUAUUUUUAUCACUUCUAAAUUUUUUUGAAAAAGAAUGAGCUAUACUUUAUUGGAAAUUUGUGUUUAUUAUAAAUAUGUUUAAGUUUUUGGCGAAUUUAAAAUUUUGUGUUUGGAAAUUUUUUUCACAUAAGAUUGGUUUAAGAGAGGUGUAUAUAAUAUACAUACUUUAUUUUAUGACUUGAAAUUGUAAGUUUAAUAGCAUUUUAUACAAAUAUUCUGCAAGAAUGAAACAAGUUGAGCAUUAUUAUCUUCAUAUUAGGAUGAAUAUGUUCAAGAAAUUUUUGGAAUGUUUUGUAUUGUUGAUCGAGUUUUUAGCAUUAUUUAUUAGUGUUUGAACUUGAUUUUAAUGGAUUGUUAUUACAAAUUUAUAUAAGUUCUACUGUUUUUUAAAUAGUCAGUGUUAAUUCUGUUUUAGUUUAUAUAGAUGCUAAAGCAGAUGUUUUGAAACUUGUGUUUUGGCUUUCUUUUCUGUAUAUUGAGAAAAUAGUUGUAAUCUCUCAAACAACUGCUUAUCUGAAUAAAAUAUAGAAAGGAUAGUUAAUUUAUUGUGAAAUAAGAACUAUUGAUUUUAAGGGCCUUUUUUAAAUGUUUGAGCCUGUAAGUUGCAAAUAAAACUGGUUACGUUGAAGCCAAUUCUAAUUUA